AGAUAAGAGAUCAGAACAUUAGAUCUCACUGUCUCUCUGUCUAAACAGCAACAAUGAUCGGAUUACUUUUCACUCUUUGCCUCUUUGUAACUGUGAAAACGGCUGACAUCCUUGAUCUUCAAGUACAAACAGUGAGGCGAGGAGACAACACGACAAUAAAAUGUGACCGAAUAACAAACAAAAAUGAUUCAUUAGUUUGGUAUCAACAGAGUUUAGGAAAACUGCCUCAGUACAUCGUGAGAACAUUUGUGACUGAAAAAUCUCGUCAAGAAUCUAAAACAGAAGUAAAGCACAGAUUUGAUAACACAUUUAAAGACUACUUCGCUGUAAAUAAAGAGACGUUUGAUCUCAGCAUUAAUGGAGUCAAAGAAGAAGAUAUAGGAAUAUAUUUCUGUGGAAAAGGACAGACAAAUACUGUAGAGUUUAUAUCUGGAACCCUUUUGCUGUUUGCAGAUGAGAAGACUGACCAUCAUCCUCCACCUGAAUCUGCUAUCAAGAAUGAAGAACCUGUUAAACUCCAGUGUUCAGUACAAGCAGUUACUCUGAACUGUUCAGGAGAACACAGUGUGUACUGGAUCAGACAUGGAUCAGGAGAAUCUCAUCCAGGAAUCAUCUACAUUCAUCCACACACCAGAGAUGAGUGUGAGAAAAGCUCUGAGACUGAUUCUCCUACACAGAGCUGUGUCUACAAACUCCCCAAGAGAAACCUCAGCCUCUCUGAUGCUGGAACUCACUACUGUGCUGUGGCUGAAUGUGGAGAUGAAGCUAAAUCUAAUGGAAAAGACAAUACCAGCUGGAUUGUUGCCUUGGUAACAUCUAAUGUGAUAUCUGUUAUUGUGAUCACGGUUCUGGGUGGACUUUUAUGUAAAAAACAACAGAAAGGUUCUGUCAGUGGUCACCAAGGAAACUCAAAACAUGAGGUUGAGGAUACAGAUGUUUUGAACUAUGCAACUGUGAAAUUUGCACAGAAACCUCCUUCCAGAGCCCCCAGAGUCAAGAAGAGUCAAGAUAUUUAUUCACAGGUCAAAGUACGAUAG